AAACAAAAAGGCGACACAAAACGAGUUUUGGCGUCGCGUAUAACAUCGCAUCUUCCCCCGACCCUCGCGAGCUCGCUCAGUCCGAGGAGAACAUCGGCACGAGCCAGGCUCAGCCCGGGGCGCAUCGAUCAAUAAAUAACACGAUGACGACGAGGAUCUGGACGCUGUUGGCCGCGGCAGCUGUAGCUGUGGUGACGAUCGUUGACGAGGGAAUCUGCAAGACGCUCAGCCCGGCCGAAGGAUCGCACGUGGUACAAAUUGGUCAGAAGCUAGCAAACGGAAAGAUCGAACCGGUUUGCGGUGGUUCCUACAUCGGCAAAAAUGUUGUGGUUCUAGGAGCUCACUGCUUCAAUCGAAAUGGCAAUGCUCCAGACACGGUUCGCUUCCGAAAUGCUUACGGUGGAAGCACCGAUCUUCGCAUCUCCAACUUUACCCUGCACUAUCGCUACAAGACCCAAUUUGACUACCACAACAUGGCGGUCGCGUUCCUCGAUCGUGACCCAAGGACCGCGAUCAACACCGUCAAACCAGCCUGCGUACUCAAGCCACACAUCAAGGGCAACAAAUCGGUGCAACUGAUCGGACUUAUCGGCAACCAGCUGGACAGGGUGGAUUUGCAGACAGUUUCGUCCGAAAAGUGUCACGAGUACUACAACCCAAACCGGAAGUUGCGAUUCGGAGUUCUUCUGUGCUGUUUCUGCGCAAGAAAUGCCAACCUUAAAAAUUGCACGGAUCAACACAGCGCACCGCUGCAGGCGAUCGUCGUGCGCUCGGGCAAGCAGGUUCCGUUCCUGAUCGGGCACAAGUCGAUUGGGCGAUCGUGCGGAACGAACACUCCGGCCGUGUACACCCGGUACGGUUCGUACUACGAGUGGCUUGAAACUGUAACCGGGAUCAGUUUGGAUGAGAAAGAUUGCAUCAACCGAUACUGAUUUCACUCAAGGAUUCUCACGGGUAAAAUGUGAACGUUUAUUCAGGUAUAAAUGAUCUUAAUAAGAGUUUUGGAAUUGUGGGUUAAUAAAUUGAAGAAAUAAUUAAAAACUUAUUUGUUAGAAGUCCUAUAUGUUUGUAUUGACUCGAUUAUACAAAUUCCUCGCAAAAAUAGCACUUCCGAUAAUCACAUGACGUAAGUAAAACGUUUCCUUUUUUAAGUCGUUGAGCUGAAAUAGACUGUUAGCAUUUUUACCUUAAAUUAAAGUAUAUUUAAAGUGUUUUUGACUAUUUCAAAGUAAUAAAUAGCUCAAAUAACAUUUAGUUAGCUCUUGUUGAUUGCUCUGAAAAUGUUGUUUUGCAAAAGUGGUGAUUGGUCUAAAGGCUUCGUGUACCGAAAAAAGGUUUAUUUCCACUAUAACUGCAAAAGUGCACUGAAGUGAUAUUGGAAUGUAUAAUCAAAGGUGGCGGUGGACUAUUUAGAAUCUAUAGGUGAACAGAAAUUUCCUAUAUAUGAUUAUGUAUCAAAAUUUUCGCAAUUGAAAGGUGCAUCUUUUGCUACCCAAACAUCACUGAAAAAAGUUGAUUUUUCUCGUUUUUGCGCGUGGCGCGUAGAAAAACUCAGCUUUUUUUUUCAAAAAUCAUAUCUGGAACUUACGUGUCGACAAUACGAAUUGUAUGAUAUGUAUUAUGUGAAAUUUUGCGAGGAAUCCGAUAAAAAUAUUU